AUGGCUGCGAAGGCUUCCAUCUCCAAGACAGCGGCUAAAGAUCCGUAUGAUGACCCCGACUUCGUUCCUGAAAAUUAUGUACAGCACACUCUGCUCACAACAAAACCCUUGCCACCCAUAACAAGCAUUUCGGCCCUUCUCCGUGAAGUCCAGUGGAUAUCGUUUUUUGCGCUCAUUCUCAUUCCAAUUGCCUCCAUCUAUGGUGCACUAACGACAACCCUUCAUCUUCGUACAUUUCUCCUCGCUUUCGCUUACUAUUUUUACACGGGUUUGAGCAUUACCGCUGGAUACCGUAGACUCUGGGCACAUCGCUCCUACAAUGCCGCCGUUCCCUUGCAAAUCUUCCUUGCUCUCGGUGGCUGCGGUGCUGUGCAGGGCUCAGUUAAAUGGUGGAGUCGGGGUCACCGAGCCCACCAUCGCUUUACCGAUACAGACUUGGAUCCUUACAAUGCUCUGCGCGGGUUCUUCUACAGUCAUGUUGGCUGGAUGUUGGUGAAACCCCGGAGGAAGAUUGGAAAGGCUGAUGUCAGUGAUCUAGGGAAGAGUCCGGUACUAAGAUGGCAGCAUCGGAACUACGUUUGGCUACUAUUCGUGAUGGCUUUUGGUGUUCCAACGGCAGUGGCUCAUCUUGGAUGGGGAGACGCGAGGGGUGGAUUGGUAUAUGCCGGGGUAAUCAGGCUGUUGAUCGUCCAUCACUCGACUUUCUGUGUAAACUCCCUCGCUCACUGGAUUGGUGAAACACCCUUUGAUGACAAGCGGACGCCCAAAAACCACGUUCUUACAGCCCUUGUGACCGUUGGUGAGGGGUAUCACAAUUUCCAUCAUCAGUUCCCAACGGACUAUCGCAAUGCGAUCAAGUGGUACCAAUACGACCCUACCAAGUGGUUCAUCCGGCUUAUGGCGCAGCUCGGACUCGCCUGGCAACUCAAGACCUUCCCUUCAAACGAGAUUCGUAAAGGCCAGCUCUUAAUGGAGAUGAAACGCCUUCGGGAUAAGCAAGAAAACAUUGAGUGGUGCAAAAACGUGAACCAGUUACCCGUUGUCUCAUACGAAAUGUUCCAAAGACAAGCAGCGAGACGUCCUCUCGUCCUUGUAUCCGGAUUCAUUCAUGACAUGUCUGGUUUCAUAGAAGACCAUCCGGGCGGAAAAUCUUUGCUAAUGAGAUUCAUCGGUAAAGAUGCAUCUACGGCCUUCUUUGGUGGUGUAUAUGAUCAUUCGCAUGCAGCCCAUAAUCUUCUGUCUAUGAAGCGUGCAGGUAUUCUCGAGGGAGGGCACCCUCAUAUACUGGAUAUUGCCAAAACUGUACCUCCAGGCGAGUUGAUGAGGGUGGUCAAAUAUGGUGAAGCGUAUCCUUCGUCCGGAUCUUGGGAGGAGGGAGAGGAGACAGCGUGGAGUGACGAAGGGUCAGAGGAAACCAUCCUGAAAUCAAAGAUGAAAAAGCUUUGAAGGUGUUACAUUAAAAGUUAAACAUCGUGACCGCGUCGCAGGGCACGUGCC